CAACAACUUUUCACUCACACAAGCCCUCAUCCAGACUUUCGCGAUCACAAUCCCACUAUGUCUGCUCUCAAAGCCUUGCAAACCGAGUUCCCAGCCUCCCAAAUCCUCUUACCAGAAACAGAGGCAUACAAGACCAGCAACUCGACGUACCUCGCUCAGCAGAACAGUGAUAUCAAACCAGCUGCUAUCUUCCAAGCGGCAGACGCAAAGGAUGUUGUAAAGUUCAUUCAACUAGUCUCGCCAUUCACAAAAGACGAAGAUUUCGCUUUUGCCAUCCGUGGCGCUGGAGCGAACCCGCUCCCUUACGGUAAUAAUAUCGGCGAAACCGGAACUACCUUGGAUCUAUCCCGUCUCGAUGAGAUCGAUGUCGGCGAGAAUUCGGUGAGCAUCGGGGCGGGAGCCAGAUGGGGUGCCGUAUACGAUGCUUUGGACGGCACUGGCCGUGGCGUUUCUGGAAAUAGGAGUGCGAAAGGCGGGAUAGGAGGGCUUGCUCUUCAAGGUGGCGUUUCUUUUUUCUCUUCCCGUGAGGGGUUUGUAUGUGACAACGUUCUCAAUUAUGAAGUUGUACUGGCCUCUGGCGAAAUCGUCAACGCCAACGCAAAAGAGAACAGUGACCUCUGGAUUGCUCUUCGAGGAGGAGGCAACAACUUUGGAGUCAUCACACGCUUCAAUCUACGAACCUUUCCGCAAGGUAGGUUUUGGGGAGGCAGUGUUUACUACUUCGGCCCGAGCUUCCCAAGCCAGGUCGAGGCUCUAGUCAGUGAGCUCAACAAGCCUGACGCGACUAAGGAGUCACAUUUGAUGAUAAGCGCUGGGUUCUCUCACCUGUUUGGGCCGCAGGCAAUGUGCAUGAACCAAGUGUACUACACGCAAGAGGUGGAAAAGCCGGAUGUCCUGGAGCCUUUUGUGUCCGUCAGUCCGCAGAUUGACUCAAUGAAUUCGAUGCGUAUGAUGACCUUGAAGGAGGCUGCGUCAGAGCAAGCUGCGGCGUCGCAGCAAGUCAGAUGCUCCUAUAUGAACGCGACCGUGAAAGCCGACGCGGAAACCUUGAAGCAGGCAUACGAAUUCUACACCUCAUCUGUUGCAACCAUCAAUACCACCACUGAAGGUCUAACCUGCUCACUUACCUUCCAACCAUAUGCACUUUCAUUUCUAGAAAGCUCCGCUUCGCAAGGGGGCAACUCCCUUGGUCUGGACACCUCCAGCGGUUCGCUCGUGUCCGUCCUUCUUCUGAGCUAUUGGAGCAAACGAGAGGACGACCAAAAGAUCAAAGAGACGAUGAGGGGUGUCUUGGAAAAGAUUGAGCAAGACUCUAAUGAAAGGGGCACAGCAGUGUCCUUCAAGUACAUGAACUAUGCGUCUGAGUUCCAAGACCCAAUCUCUUCGUACGGGUCAGAGAACAAGAAGAGAUUGCAGGAUGUGAGUCGAAAGUACGAUCCUCAAGGACUGUUCCAGAAGGCUGUUCCCGGUGGCUUCAAGAUUUUUCCUUAG